UCCGUUUGCCCCUAUUAUGUUUUCUUAUUCAAUUGCAUUCAGGCUGUGAUAAUGACAGCGCUGAUGCGGGGACCUUCUACUACUAGUAUUGGGAAAGAAUGCAUUAUGUCUGUGUUUUCGCCGCACCAUCUUGGCCCCAUUCGUCGAAAACAGCCGAGGAUGCUGAGCAUAAAAGCUCAGCGUUCUAUGAUCUUUCCUUUGUCAAUUCCUCAUUACAUUGUUGAAUCAUCAUCCUACUAGCGACCUACAUCUUAUACAAUGCCUUUCACCGACGACGGAGUGUAUUCUAUCAGAAACGUUGGCAGAAACCUCAUGCUCGAUCUCACGGGCAACAACACCGCUGAAGGCACGCAGAUUCAAGGGUAUCCGUCAAAUGGCACCAUGGCCCAACAGUGGGUGAUCAAGAGGCAGAACGAGCCAGGGUCCCCCAACAAGACUGUCACCAUUCAGUCCAGCAACAACGGCAACAAUGGAAAUGGAUGCUUUGCUACUGCGAGCGAGGAUUCGGAUGUACCAGUCAUUUACACCAGGCAGGCGUUCAUCAUCGAACUUGUUGCACGCAAGGACAAUACUUAUACUAUGCACUACACUCUCGGGAGCUCGGACCUGGUGCUGUCCGUUCCGAGUUCAAGCAACAGUGCAGUGAAAAUCGAGAAUUACGACGCAGGAACUUCCCGCCAGCAGUGGGAAUUGACUCGUCUUUCUAACCUCGCCCCAAUCGUUUAGUUGUCACCACUAGGUACCACCGUGACCUUGCAGUGUUCAAAGUCGAGCACUGAGCUAGGGGAAAUGUUCUCGCAUAUGUGUACUAGUACUACGUCUCGUAUCUGCUUCCGUCGUUUAUGUGUAUGUUGAUGAAUAUGAUUGGUCUGGCUCUCUUAGGGAGAUAAGUGGAUAUUUAAAAUGGCCAUCAGUACUCAGUGCCAGUGAAUUGGUCGAGCAUGCAGGUAUGUGCUGCAGGAAGUUAGCUCUCAGCAGUGUCAGCACCAUGCUGUCGCAAUGAUAUGAUGCUUCUUGUAGUAUCGGUAUGAAUUGGCAUCAUGGUGCCAGGAGUGAAAGUUUGUUACAUCCGGCAUUUUCCUGAGCUUUAAUUAGGGUUAGAGCUCACGGUCAACUAAGACUCGCUAGUGCACUUGCGCUCGAGUGUCUCAAUGGUUAAAUGUAAGUUUUGAGGGUCUU